AUGGGACGUACGAAAACAUCCAUCGCAAUAUUCCUCAUUUGUUCUGCAUUUUUAUAUCCUAUUUUGCUCAUUUCCGCUUCAACAAACUAUGUUCGAAUAAAACUGAAAUUCAACAACACUAAUCGUGUUGUUUCACGCUCGGAGUUGAGUCAAUCCUUGAGGGCUCGUCGACAAAAUAAUCAAGAUGGGUCCCCUGGGUCAGAUAUCAUAAUGUUAAAGAACUAUAUGGAUGCUCAAUACUAUGGUGAGAUCGGCAUUGGCACCCCACCUCAAACGUUCAAUGUCAUCUUCGAUACUGGUAGCUCUAAUCUAUGGGUACCAUCAUCAAAAUGUUUCUUUUCGAUGUCUUGCUAUGUUCAUCCGAAGUACAAGUCAAUAAAGUCGAGCACAUACAAAGAAAAUGGAAAGUAUGCUGCAAUUAUGUAUGGCAGUGGAUUAGUAUAUGGAUUUUUUAGCAACGAUGAUGUCAAAGUUGGUGAUCUUGUUAUAAAGGAUCAGGAAUUUAUCGAGGCAAUAAGUGAGCCCGGUAUGUCAUUUAUAGAUGGGAAGUUCGAUGGUAUACUUGGGCUUGGAUUCAAGGAGAUUUCUGUUGGAAAAGUUGCCCCAGUAUGGGACACUAUGGUGAGACAAGGUCUAGUUAAGGAUCCAAUGUUCUCAAUAUGGUUAAACCCUGGUGCCAAGCAAGAAAAGGGGGGCGAGAUCGUCUUUGGUGGUGUUGAUUCCGAUCAUUACAAGGGUAACCAUACCUUUGUUCCUAUCACGCAAAAGGGUUAUUGGCAGUUCGAUUUGGGGGAUGUUCUCAUCAAUGGCAAAUCAAAGGGAUAUUGUCAACAUGGGUGUUCCGCCAUUGCAGACUCAGGAACUUCUAUGCUAGCAGGCCCAACGUCUGUAGUCACCGAGAUCAAUAAAGCCAUUGGAGUUAAGACAGUUGCAAAUCAGGAAUCACAGUUUGUGGUUAAGGAACAUGGGGAAAAUAUAUUGGAUCUUCUUUCUGAAAAGGUACAACCAAAAAAGAUUUGUUCCAAGAUUGGACUUUGUGCUUCCAAUGGAACCAAUAGCCAUAGUUUGUCGUCCAUUAACACAACCAUGAUCUUGUUCUCGACUUCUGAUAGCAGCGAUGAUGUAUCAUCUGGGAAUGGAGAUGGUUUCUGUGCUGCUUGUGAGACAAUGGUUAUGUGGAUGGAAAACCAACGUAAGCAGAAUAAGACACGAGAACGCAUUUUAAGCGAUGGUAACAAGCUCACUGAUGCUUUUCUUGACGCAAACGUGGAUUGUGAAAACAUUGCAUCCAUGCCUGAUAUUUCGUUCAUGAUUGGUGGCAAAGAUUUCGUGCUCUCACCGCACGAGUACAUCGUUAAAGAUACUGAUGAUGAUGCUAGUUGUGUUAGCGGCUUCACUCCAAUGGACAUUCCUUCACCAAAUGGUCUUCUAUGGAUCUUGGGAGAUGUUUUCAUGGGUCGUUACCACACCAUAUUCGAUUAUGGGAAUCUAAGACUUGGAUUUGCUGAGGCAGCUUAAGCAUAAACCAGAUGUCUUCGCAAACUUGUUUUUCUUGAUUCAUAUCUUGUCUAGAAAACAUUACGUUUUGAACAUUUGGGCACUAAAAGAACGUAUCGUUGGAUCAAAUAUCUUGAUUACAUGUUAUAA